UCUGCUUUGCGAGAGAGUAUUAAAGUGGAAGAAGCGUCUGGUGGCCAAAGAAGGAAAAAAGUGGAAGAAUGGGAGAGAUAUGUGAUGAGGUUGAGAGCAGAGAAUGGUACUUGGCAUCGUAUGCAUCGGAGGGUGUUCCCACCUCCGAUCAUCUCAAGCUCCGAACAGUCCGGCUAUCGCUAGCCGCCGACGCCAUCCCGGACGGCCACCUCGCCCUCGAGCUCCUCUUCGUUUCCAUCGACCCAUAUCUUCGCUCCAGAAUGACCGGCCUCCUCGACGGCCUCCACUCUGACCCGUACCAACUCAACCAGGUGAUCACGGCUUUUGGGAUUGGGAAGGUGGUACGAUCCAAGAACAGUGAGUUUGAGGAGGGCGACAUUGUGCUUCAUCCAUUUAUACCCGUAGCAGAGUACUGCGUGGUGAAGUCCCACAUGUUCAAAAAAAUUGAUCCCAACACUGCCAUUUCAUUGCCUGAUUUCCUAAGCUGCUUGGGAGUGCCAGGGUUUGCAGCGUGGGUGGGUAUAGAGGUGCUGGCGGAACCAAAGCCAGGAUCCAAUGUCUUCAUCUCUGCUGCGUCCGGUGGUGUGGGAAUGUUUGCCGGCCAACUCGCCAAGCUCCGCGGCUGCCGGGUUAUUGGCAGCACUGGCUCCGAUGACAAGGUGAAGCUGAUAAAAGAGGAGUUUGGUUACGACGACGGAUUCAACUACCACAAGGAAACAGAUUACGAUGCUGCUUUAAGCAGGUAUUUCCCAAAUGGUAUAGAUGUUUACGUGGACAAUGUGGGAGGCAAGAUGCUGGAAGCUGUACUUAACCACGUCAACAAGUUUGCACGCAUACCGCUUUGCGGAAUGAUAUCUCAAUACAAUAAGGUCUGGAGGGAAAGAGAAGGGGUGAGGAAUUUGCUGAACAUGGUGGGGAAGGAAGUGAGGAUGGAGGGUUUUAUGGUUCGCUCCCAUUUGCAUCGUUUUGGAGAGUUCGCUGCGGCAAUGGAAGGUUACAUGAAACAAGGGAAAGUGAAGUCCAGGAAUAAAAUCAACCUGGGCAUUCACAGCUUUUUAGACAGCCUAGCCUCUGUCUUCUCAAGCUCCAAUGAUGGCAAAGUGAUUAUUCAGGUUAAGCCACGUGUUUAGUUAAUCCCAUUUCUGUUUAAUUAAUCACGCCUCCUGUUUAUGUAUGAAACUUAAUUAUCUGACUUUUGUGAACCAGACUUUUGUAUUUGUGGUUGACUUUUGUUGUUUUCAAUAAUAUCAAAACAUGUGGUUAA